AUGCGGCGCGGAGUAAUCAUCUUCAUUCUUGUCAAUGUCCUAAUCCUCGGCUUCCUCGUCAGGAGCGUCUUCACACUCCUGACGUUGCUGGUUGAGGAUGCCUCAGCGGACGCUAUACACCGAUCCGACAUUCCCUCGCCGAACUCGAGUUUGAUUGAGACCAGACCUCAACUUAUACCCAAGAUCAUUCACCAAACUUAUAUAAACGAGUCGAUCCCCGAUCGAUGGCUUGAGCCUCAACGGUCAUGCAUUGAUCUUCACCCUGACUACGAAUACAAGUUGUGGACGAAUGAAAAGUCGAGAGAUUUCAUCGCCGAGGAAUAUCCAUGGUUUUUGGACACCUUCGAUGGCUACAAGUACCCUAUUCAACGAGCGGACGCUAUCCGUUACUUUGUACUUGCCCAUUACGGCGGUAUCUAUCUCGAUCUGGAUGAUGGUUGCCAACGUCGUCUCGAUCCCCUUCUUGCUUACCCAGCGUGGGUUCGCCGAACGAAGCCAACCGGAAUCUCAAACGACGCGAUGGGCUCUAUCCCUCAACAUAAUUUCUUCUUGAAGACCAUGGAGUCUUUACAGGCAUACGAUAGGCAUUGGUUCUUGCCAUACAUUACAGUUAUGUACUCGACCGGCCCGUUGUUCUUGUCUGUGAUUUGGAAGGAGUACAUGCCCCAGUCAUUUGGCAUGGACAGGGUCCGUGUUUUGAUGCCAGACGAAUAUAACGGAUAUCCCUGGAGUUUCUUCACCCACAACGUCGGAAAUAGCUGGCACGGAGCCGACGCGCAAUUGAUUUUCUGGAUGUGUCGCUACUGGGUCUUGCUGACAGUCGCCGGUUUCACAAUCGCUGGCUGCGUCGGAUUCUGCAUGUGGGUAGUAUACGGCCGUUUGUUAUUACUCGGACACCGCUACCGCUACACAAGAGUUGCAUCUAGCUCUCUUUCAAUGUCCAAAAUCCGCCGACGACCCUUUACCAUAGUCCCCAGUUUCUUCCGACGCAUAAGCGCUUCGUCGAUAUCCUCAGACGAAGAACUCGGCCGCAAAGAGGGCGCCUACUCUGAAUGA